AUGGCAACCCUGACCUACCAAUACCGUCCGAUCAAGGGCGACACCCAGAAAGGAAUAUUGCGCAUCUACCCCGCCACAGCUAAUGCGCCCCUGGUGGGGGAGCUGGUCCACGGCAACUUCGACGACCAGCCGACAUACGACGCCCUGUCGUACACAUGGGGCAAUCUAGACAUGUGCGAAAGAAUCGUACUGCACGAGGGGCGCGAGCAACUAGAGCUUCCGAUCACGGCGAAUCUCAACGCUGCCCUGAAGAGGAUGCGCGCGCGCUUCCCGCAGGAGUCGACCUUGAUUUGGGCUGACGGCAUGUGCGUCAACCAGGCCGAUCUUCAGGAGAGGGGCCAGCAGGUCCAGUUGAUGGGGCGGAUCUACACGCAGUGCCAGCAAGGGCUGAUAUACCUCGGUGAGGAGGCGGACGGGAGCGAGCUCAUCCCCGACUUUCUCCCCGCGCUCGUCGCGCCCGAUGAUGCUGGGGGAUUGGCGGGCGCCGAGGAUCUGCCACCGUCGUCGAAUCCUGGCUGCAGGGCCUUGACUAUGCUGUACAGGCGCCCCUGGUUUCGGCGGAUCUGGUUCAUACAGGAGUCCGCUUUGCCCGCCGACGUUCGCAUCAUCUGCGGUGGCUGGAAGAUGUCCUGCUCGAUGCGGAACAAGGCAAAGUCAGGUUUCAGCAGCAUCCAGUUCACCGAGGCAGAGAUCACUUACAUCCCGCUCGAGGACUGCACCGCUGGCGCCAUUAUCUCCAACUGCGUCGUUAACCUGGUGCCCGAGGCCGAGAAGCAGCCGGCUUUUGAUGAGAUGGCCCGCCUUCUCAAGCCCGGCGGGCGCGUUGCCAUAUCGAACGUUUUGGCACGGAAGCCGCUGCCCGAGAACCUCAGGCAGAGCGCACCCACUCAAACGGUGCGGUACGGGAUCGACCACCGAAGCAUCCGCAGCAUCGUCCCAGCCGACAGGCGGCGUGAACACGAGAAUAUCCGAUAG